AUGGAGUCCAAUUCAUCUUCCUCCGCUGGCGAUGCCCAAUUGACAAGGUGGACGGGGUCACCUCUCUGCCGAUGUCUUGAAUCCCCGAUAGUACUGACUUCGUGGACGGACCAGAACCAUGGUCGCGAGUUCUACAAGUGUCAUAUAAUGAACUCGCGAUUCGAGCGUGGCUGUGAUUACUUUAGCUGGGUUGACAACGAGCCACCCCAUGGAUGGCAGAAACGAGCGCUGAUUAAAGCGAGGAACCGGAUCCGCGCGCUGAAGACGGAGAUGGAGUACUACAAAAGGUUGAAGGAUGAGGCUGUGGCGAGAAUUAGUGCGAACGUCACUGGGGCCACUGACUCCAAUCUUCUUCUACGUCAUGUUGAAGGGCCACCCGAGUGGUAUGGAUCGAUCCGAUCUUUCGUUGGAUCAAUUAACCUGCCUAAGUUGUCCUCUGUUUUAGUUGUCAUUGUGGCGACAGCUAGGAUAGUUUCCCUGUUCGCAUAUUAA